GUCAGAGAUUCUCACUCAGAUCAAGACACCUCUUGUUUAUCGUUGCAGUUUCUGUUAGACCCUCAAAAUGUAUCAGAUUACAUAUGGAAGCUGAUGAACCUUAAACCAGACGGAACUCAUAAAGGCAUACUCGAUAUAGAUUUCUUACUGUCAGAAGAACGUAAAGUUCAUGCUAAGCAAAGCCUUUCCGAAUGUAUACUUGAGAAAACGGAUACAAUAGAUUUCGGGGACGACAUUCCUGACAAGGAUUAUUUGGACCUGCAACCCUCAAUUGAACUAGAAUUGGUUGAUCCAACUAGUUCUUGCGGGUUGCAAUUAGAACCAUCUGUUGUGCCGGAACCUAAUUAUUGUAAAUCGGAACUUCAGGAAAGGCUAAGCAACCGAAACGCCUCACGCGAUGAAGCAAUUUCUUUUCUGUUAUCUUUAAAUGGAAGAAGAGCUGUUCUAAGAGACUUGGUUGAAUUGGAUGCAUUUUUGGGCCGUUUUUUAGAAAAUUUUGGGACUGAGCAAGAUUCUAAUGCAGGUAUGCAUGUCUUUCUCGGCGCAAACGCUGGUACUGCUGGGGGGACUUUGCAGCAAUUCAUUAUGCAAUUCUCAUUUCUUUGA